CACAUAACAUUCAAUACUCUCGCCUCUACUGAUGUUCGAAUUUUCCGAACACACUGUGUGCGAGCGAUACAUCGAACAACCAAAAUAUUCUCCUCAGUGAGUUAAAACUCUCUCGUCCGUGUGUCGUGCGAAACCAGAAACGAAAACGUUGCCCACUAAAUCGUGUAUUGAAGAAUAACUGUUGUGAAUUAAAUGCAAAAACAAAAUAGAUUCUGAAUAUAGCGACGAAGAGACAAAGUCGUUCGACUCGCUCGACGACGACAACGACAAAAAUCAAAAUGAAAGGGAAUUAACUGUGGUGAAGCUGACAAAAAAAAAGAACACACAACCAAUAGACCAUAUGAUAUGGAAAAAAUAACAUUAAAUAUCAUAAAAUAAACGCUGUAAACGGGAACAGAGCACAGCGAAGAAAAAAAAACGAAUUCGUAACGCCACCGCAGGAGAAAAGUUAAAAACGCGAGGAGUUUUGAAAUACGUGUAUUUGUUUCGUUGUUUUUUUUCUUUCUGGUUCUUGUUGGGAUUUUUUUUCACACAUCAAAACAUCGGCGCUGAAGUGACACACUGAAAUCUGAACAAGUGACACACUCAAUUUUUUCAAGUCCAACUGUAAGAUGAAAAAGUAAUAUAAAUACAUACAUAUAAAUCAGCUUAUCGUGUAUAAAUGAUACGCGACGAAAUAAAAGGAAUAAACUGUUUCCUUUUUUUUCUUUAAAUCAAAUAAAAACAAAUGAUUUCAUGCAUAACAAAACGAAACAUAAAAAUAACUUGAAACCAAAAACAUAAAAGGAGCAACAACAACAGCAACAAAACAACAUUUUCUAUAAACUUCGAAUCGAGCUGGAAUAAAACAAUAAGAGAGAGAGAGAGAAAAAUGCGAACAAAACGAAACUGAAGACAAUGAAGCAGUUGAGCGACGCUCAAUGACCGUUUACUUUUGCCUUUUGUGUGCGUGCGUGUGUUUUUCUGUUUUUUUCCCUACUAAAUGUGAAUUAAAUUGUUCAAACACCAAACUAAUUCAACAACAACAAUAACACAAACCUCCCAAAAAAAACAAUUCUACUCGAUGUUCACUCUAGUUGAUUAUAACUAUAUUUUUUGUUCGUCUCUUCACACAUCUUCUGUGUCAUCUACUACUAUCACUUAGUAUAUAAAUGUAUAAUUACUAAGCUCUUCUUCUUCUCUCUUCUCUAUGUCUUUUUAAAAUAUUUGAAACAACAACAACCAAAAAAAGAGGAAGAAAUGACAUGUGCGUGUGUUUUGUGCUAAAUGUUAACCAAAGAAAAAUCUCUUAGUGUGUUAUAAUUUUGUUCGUUGUUGUUAAUUUACUGUUACGGCUGUUUUUCUACCAAAAUCCAAAGCGAAACGCAGAAGAAGAAGAAGAAAAAAAAUAAACGCGCAGAGAAAAAUUCUGUUGCAUAUCUAAUUAAAUAUGCAUAAUACGAUUUUGAUGUAACGAAAUUGACAUAAAAACAACAACAACAACCAAGUCGAAGCAGAAAUAAAAGAGAAGAAGUUAAAAUUCAUUUCCGAAAAUAAAUUAAGAACAGCGAAGGCAAAUAAGAAAGAAGAAAAAAAAAUUAGAGGAGGAAAAAAGCGCACGAACCAAGAGAGGAAAACGAAUAGAAAGGACGCGCGCGACAGCGAGCGCUUGGAAAAUUUGACAAGGGCAGUCAAAAACACACGACCGACCGACCAAACCGAAUAGAAUAUUAUCACCAUUGUGAAAGAUAGGCGAAAAGGGAAAAAGCCCAACCGAAACGCACGGCGCGCAACCAAGAAGAAGAGCCAAGCGUGAGACGAGAGAGCGAACAAAAAACCAUUUGAACUAAACUAAGCAAAAAAAACGCAUCGUAUUCUAUAAUUAGAAUAUAAAAAAAACACACAGACGAAAUAAUGGCUAAUGUCAUAAUAAUUGGAUGUUUAGCAACCCUUGGUGUUAUAAUAGUGAUUUUAUUGUUAUUAGCUGGUGGUUAUUUAUGGUGGCGUCACAAACGCUCACAGUUGAAGUUCAUUGAGCCACACGAGGACGAAGAAUCAACAAGUGGAAGCCUAAGCAGACUACAGCAAUUGCAACAAAUGCAGCAAUUUGAAACGCAACAACAGCCACAGCAAGAGUAUUCAGCACAGCAAAGCAGCAAAUCGCCUGUGCAAUCUCAAUCGCAACAACAAUUGCAGCAAACCACAAAUAAUAUCAAUCGCAAAUUGAAUGGUUUUCUGAAUUUGAAAACACCAUUAAUUGGAAUAGAGGACACACACAAAAACAACGAAUGUUCGUUAUUCCAGUUUACAGUAUGUUGCACCAACGGAAAAAAACGCGAUCACCAAUGGAUAGAGAGUGAAAAGAAAAAAGAAGAGAAAAAAAACGCGAACGCAAUCAAUGCUGUCCGCAUACGUUACAACUGCUAUGACAUUUCUGACAAAUCAAGUUCGCAAACAAAAUCUCCAGUCGGCAGUUCAUCGGGCGAUAGAAACGGUGAUGGGGGCAGGCAGAAUGUUGGCGGACCAAAACAAGAUAAUCAAACCAACCGGAGUACUUCAAUGAUUGAUAUGUACAUAGACAAUGCGGAACCAACUGAAAACGUUGGUCAGAUACAUUUUUGUGUUGAAUAUGACUUCCAGAACAAUACGUUGAUACUGAAAAUUUUACAGGGUAAAGAUUUACCAGCAAAGGAUUUGAGUGGCACUUCGGAUCCUUACGUACGGGUAACUCUAUUGCCAGACAAAAAGCAUCGACUUGAAACGAAAAUCAAGCGACGCACAUUGAAUCCAAGAUGGAACGAAACAUUCUAUUUCGAAGGAUUUCCCAUCCAAAAGCUGAAUACACGUGUGCUUCAUUUGCAUGUUUUCGACUACGAUCGAUUUUCAAGAGACGAUUCCAUUGGAGAAGUAUUUCUUCCAUUGUGUCAAGUUGACUUAACCGGGAAGCAAUCUUAUUGGAAAGCAUUGAAACCGCCAGCCAAAGAUAAAUGCGGCGAAUUGUUGACUACACUUUGCUAUCAUCCAUCGAAUUCGAUUUUGACAUUAUCACUAAUUAAAGCUAGAAAUUUGAAAGCCAAAGAUAUUAAUGGCAAAUCUGAUCCAUAUGUUAAAGUUUGGCUCCAAUUUGGUGAUAAACGCAUCGAAAAACGAAAGACACCAAUAUUCAAAUGCACGCUGAACCCAGUAUUUAAUGAAUCAUUUAGUUUUAAUGUGCCAUGGGAAAAGAUUCGGGAAUGUUCACUAGAUGUCAUGGUUAUGGACUUUGAUAAUAUCGGCCGCAAUGAGCUUAUCGGACGGAUUUUGUUAGCCGGUAAAAAUGGUUCCGGCGCAAAUGAAACCAAACACUGGCAAGAUAUGAUAUCAAAGCCACGACAAACUAUCAUUCAAUGGCAUCGACUAAAACCUGAGUAAAUUCACACGCUGACAACGUAUUCGCAUCACACUGCAACAACAAGAGGGGAAGAACUAACUAUAAAAUAAUUGACAAAAAGCUGACAAAGAUAUGCCGAACGCACUGCUAAGACAAAUGGGAAAGAAACAAUUUAUUUUUUAACAAACUGAACAUGUAGCAUCGAGAACAAGAAAAUCCAGAAGAGCAAA